AUGAACCCCGAACUGUUUACAUAUUUACGUGACGGCGCAUCGUCCGGUCGGCUGCCGAGCGACCACACUGCCUGCAGCGGGAGGAGCGCGGCACAUGUCACGGUCACGCAGCGAGGYGACUGUCAGCGCAGGUUGGUGAUAGCAGCUGCCACAAAGGAGCAGGCUGAGAAGGAGCUUGGGUGGAAAAAGCAGCAUGUUGAAUCUGUCAGAGGUGUGUGUGCACGGCAGCAGCGGGCCCUUGGAGCUGCUCUCUCCUUGCUCAGCUUCUCUGGCAGUGAGCUCACGCAGAUACGGGGUUUCCUCCGCCAGCUGAUGGGGUCCUGGCAGGCUUUCAGAUGUCAGAUACUGAAGCCCAUCACACAGGCGUUCUCAGCACUGAGUGAGGAGCUGCAGCAUUCCACCGUGGAGCUUCAGAAAAUGAAAGAGGGGAAGGAAGGCCCAACCCAGCAGCUGAUGGAGCAGAAGAGACGGUGGGACGAGCAGCUGUCUCAACAGGAAGACGCUGCGAGGACGCGCAGAGAGAAACUACUCAGGCUAACGGUGGAACUGAAGGAGAAAGAUCAGAAGUGGUUGUUAUGUCAACAAAGGUGUGAUGCCGUACAGAAGCRGCUGUCGUCAUGGGAGGGCAAUCGGGAACAACUGAACCAGAAGUACCGCGCAGCUGUAGAGGAAGUGACGCACGUCAGGAAAACCCUGGAGGAAGUCCAGCAGGACGAGAGAGAGCUGAUGAGAGAAAGGGAGUCUUUGAUAGAAACACAUGAAAGAAUCCUAACCAAGAUGAAACAAGAAUACCAAAAACAAAUGGACAUCGAGAUAAUUCUGUCGCUUAACUUACAAUAA